UCUUCCAGAAUCUAGUGGUGCGGUCUGUGACGGAAGAUCUUUUCAGAAGAGCUAAAACAAGAAAAUAUAACGUUACGUUUUUUGGGGUUUGAAUUCUGAAUGCAGCCCUUAUAAUUAUCGGAUCGCGUGGAACUGAUGAGAUCUGAACGUGCAAACUUCUGACUGAAGCAGUGAAUAAAUUGAAGCGCUUGUCACCUCAACCACAGCAGCAGCAUCACAGUUUGUUAGUUACGGAAGAUGGACGGGAGUGUGACAGUCAUCACCAACCCCACCGUGUCCGUGCGGGUGACCAGCACCGUCAGCUCCUUCGAGGUGAACCGGAGAUUCAACCGAGGCAUAACGAUCGCAGAGUGUAAGAGUAAAUUGGAGCUGAUUGUGGGCACCCCAGCUGCCUAUAUGGACCUUGAGCUAUUCAGCACUUCAGACAAGUUCUUACAGAAGCUAGACAACAAUCAAGCGCUGCUCGGCUUCUAUCCUGUGGAUGAUGAAUGCAGAAUACAUGUGACAGACCGCAGUGGUACGCAGAGCGCGGAGUUCACUGAUUUGUCAAAGGUGGAGAAAUUCGAGAUCUCUGAUGAAGCCUAUGAAAAAAGGACCGAUUCGAUACGGAACUUCAAGAAGAAUUUCAAGUUAGGUCGAUUUAAUGAGGAAAACAGGGCCAAGGAAGAAGAGGCUCUUGCUAAGAAAGAAGAGGAAGAGAAGGUGGCCGCCGGAUCCAUUGCUGUUGGGAACCGCUGCAAAGUUGAAGUUGUUGGGCAACCUACCAAGAUUGGCACUGUUAUGUUUGUGGGUACAGCAGAUUUCAAACCAGGCUACUGGGUUGGUGUGAAAUAUGAUGAGCCGCUUGGGAAGAAUGAUGGCAGUGUGAAUGGGAAACGUUACUUUGAGUGUGAGCCAAAAUAUGGCACCUUCGUGAAGCCCCUCUCAGUAAUUGUGGGAGACUUCCCUGAAGAGGACUGUGGUUUGGAUGAGAUGUAAGACUCACUUGAUGAGCAGUCAGAAGCAUCAGAAGAAAGAUCUUCUUUCUUCCAGAAGUUUGGCUCCAUGCAGUGAGACAUUGCUGUGGUAGAAGGUUUUUUGUUGUCAGUGCAGAUCAUUUUGUUUUAUGCUGGUCUGGAAGAGAUCAGCGAAAAUUGCAGUCAAAGUUAAGGAAUGAUCUUAAACAACAUCUGUGCCCUGGCGACUAGAAGUAACUAGUAAGGUAAAUGUGAGAACACCAGCCGAGGUCAGAGUAAAGAAAAGCAUUCGCUUGCAUGUUGAUUGUUCAUUAAUGAAUUCCAAAGUUCUGCAGCUAAUUUGAGCCCAGACCGAA